UAUAGACAAUUAUUGGUUCUUUACUUUUAGAAAAUUAGAGUUUAGUUUUUCUUUCCUCUUUGUUGCUGUAUAUAAUUUAGUCUGAGGAUUUUAUGUUUUUCCCUCAUUGUACAUUCCGGCUCUUGAAUUUUUGUAAUUCUUGGACUUAUAUUUAUUAUUGUACUGGUUCAGUUUUUUUGUUUGCUGCUUUCAUUGAGAUGGAAUAACGAGUCCUUAUCGAUUUAGGGUUUUUGAUAUAUUUAUUUAUUUGUACUUUGUAUGUUAAUCAAUCAAUAUGGAAAAUCCGCGUAGGUCGUUUGAUAGAUCAAGAGGACCCGGUUUGAAAAAACCGCGUUUAAACGAAGACCUCGCUCUGAACCGUAAUGCCCGGCCUUUUCCUCAGCGGACCAAUCCGGCUGGUUCGGCAUCUGCUUUAAGAUUCCAGCCCAAUGGUUCCGACACGGAUGACAUGAGUCCUGGCGGUGGAGCUUACGAGCCACAGCCAGUGUCACAUCACCAACAACAGCAGCAACAUCAGGAGUUAGUUAGCCAGUACAAGACGGCGUUAGCUGAGCUGACUUUUAACUCGAAGCCAAUUAUAACUAACUUGACAAUAAUAGCCGGCGAGAAUGUCAACGCUGCCAAGGCGAUUACUGCUACCGUUUGCGCCAACAUUCUUGAGGUUCCCAGUGACCAAAAGCUGCCAUCACUCUAUCUUUUGGAUAGUAUUGUAAAGAAUAUUGGGAGAGAUUACAUUAAACAUUUUGCUUCCAGAUUGCCAGAGGUGUUCUGCAAAGCAUAUAGACAAGUUGAUCCUCCUGUGUGUCAGAGUAUGCGGCAUCUUUUUGGUACAUGGAAAGGGGUAUUCCCUCCUCCAACCCUGCAGGUGAUUGAGAAGGAACUUGGCUUUGCUCCCAUGAUAAAUGGUUCAUCUUCAGGAACGACAACAUCAAGAUCCGAUCCACUUUCACAGCGUCCACCACAUAGCAUUCAUGUAAAUCCAAAGUAUCUAGAUAGGCAUCGACUUCAACAGUCUAGCAGGGUAAAAGGUAUGGUCAAUGAUAUGACUGGGACUUUGGCCAACUCAAAGGAGGAUUAUGAGAGGCCGGAUAGAGCAGCCAUUACAACUGGACGGCCAUAUGGAGAUCCUUCUGUUAAAAUGAAUGCUAAUGGUGUGGGUGUUGGAAGAGCCAGUGUUACUGAGGCUAUUUCCAGCCAGAGGAAUGGUUUCAAUGUUAAACAUGGGUCUCAAAAUUACUCGGCAUCCAAAUCUGGGAAUGCUGAUCCUCGUUUAUUGGCAAGACAGAACAUUGCUGGUAGAAGCAGUAAAGCGAUGCUCAGCAGCUGGAAAAAUUCAGAGGAAGAAGAAUUUAUGUGGGAGAUGCACUCUAGGUUGUCUCAACAUGAUGCAGCCAACAUCUCUAAUAACUCGAGGAAAGAUCAUUGGACUCUUGAUGCUUCAGAAAAGUUGGAUUUGGAAAGACCGUUCCGCAAAGCACAAAGUAUUCAUGAUGUUGGGUCCAGGAUCGACAGAGAAACAUCUUCUGAUUCAUUAUUUACCGAGCAGAAGGAAAAAACUUCUUAUGGGCGUCAGAUCUCAUCUGCAUGGCCAUUGCAGGAGUCACAUAAAACAGAUGGUUUGCCUGCUUUUAGUUCCAGCCAUUCUGAAAGCUAUUCUGCCACUAUUGGUGGGUUGCCUUCUGCUACAAGUUCUUCUCUGGCCAGGAUUGAAAAGCGAACCCAAACAGGUUCAUCUCAUUUAGGACAGCAGCGUUUUCAGUCUGCAUCACCACCUGAACAGUCUCCUUUGUCCCAGCAUUCCUCUUUACCUUCAUUUUCUUCACGCCAUACUCAUCAACAGUUGCAGAAUUUUGUUGAGCCACAAACUCAUUCCCUACCUCCCUCUGAUCCAAAUAUAUCUAAGUUUUUAGGGAAGUUGGGUGUUGGAUCUCUUAAACACUCUCAUCAGGUUUCUUCUGCUUUGACCUCUCGAUCUAGCUACCCUUGUUCUCUUUCACAACCACCAAAACCAGACCUUGUGCAGGUUGAAUCUUCUGGUCAGACUCCGAAGCCGCUUCUGUCCCAGUUCUCCAAAGUAGGAGCAGCCUCAAUAUUUGGAAAUGCAUCAGAGACCAAUCCACUUGCUACCGGAACUUCAGAACCGUCAAGUACUAGUAGUCUAUUGGAUGCUGUAAUGAAGAGUGGCAUCCUCUCUAAUAAUUCCCUUAUUGGUAGCCUUCCAAAUAAAAUUCCUCAAGAUUUGGAGCAAGUGCCAUCACAGCCUGGUAUUUUCAAUUCGUCAGGUUCUGUGUUCCACAAUGCGAUAGCAACUACUACAAAUAGUUCUCGGGUAAAAGUAGAACAGCUACCACCUUCAUCUGUUGUUAAUAAUGCCCCAGUGCAAACUUCAGAUCCUGAAAGCAAGGCUUCAGUUCCUGUAUCCAACCUUUUGAGCUCAUUAGUAGCGAAAGGUUUAAUAUCUGCAUCAAAGGAUGCCAUGUCUGUCCCAUCUCUUCAAAUUCCUACUCAAAUGAAGAAGAGCCUGGAAAGGGAGGGGCCAUCUGAAUCACUGAACAAGAGCUUGGAAAUUUCUACCAGUAGCCCUUCACCAGCUUCUUCCAUUCCUAUUUCAUAUGAUGCUCCUCGCUCCUCCACCAUGGACGAGAUCUCAUUUGCCGAACCUGCUACAAAAUGUUCAGUUGCCUCACAUCAGUCUGCCUCCGUAGAAGAAGUGGAAAACCUCAUAGGUCUGGAAUUCAGACCUGAUGUAAUCAGAGAAUUUCAUUCAUCUGUGAUCAGUGGACUGUUGGAUAACCUUCCUUACUGUUGCAGCUUAUGUGGUCUUCGACUUAAGCUUCAGGAACGGCUCAAUAGACACUUAGAGUGGCACACCAUGAAAAAGGCUGAGCCAAAAGGCUCUGAUAUAGCACAUAGGGGAUGGUAUGCACAGUCAGAUGACUGGAUUGCUGGAAAGCCAGUGCAAUUAGUAUUUGAAUCCACUAAACCAAUGAACCAGUAUGAAAUGACAGCAGAUGAGGUUAUGGUUCCUGCAGAUGAAGAUCAAUAUGCAUGCCUGUUAUGUGGUGAGAUAUUCGAAGAUUUCUUUAGCCAGGACAGGGGUGAAUGGAUGUUUAAGGGAGCAGUAUACUUGACUAUCCUAUCACAGGAGGAUGGCCAGGGUGGAACUGCAUAUGAGAGUGGAGCCAAGGGUCCCAUUGUGCAUGCAAAUUGUAUGUCAGAGAGUUCAGUCCAUGACUUGGUUAUUAAAAUGGUAAAAGCUUCUAACUCUCAAUGUGUUUAGAACCAUCUUUAUGAACCUCUGUUUGCAUCUAUUUUCCCAAUGUUUUUGGUAACCUGAUCAUCAGCUGCGCAUCUUGUUAGGAAAAAGGAGAAUAAUGUGUUGAGGUGAAAAUCGAGCUACAGAUCUCACUUCCUUUUAGGAAAAGAGAAGAACAUAACCUGUUAAGGUGAAAAAUGGAGCCACCCUCUGCGGUGUUUUUCUCUAUAACUUGAUGAAGGAUGGAGGUUUAGUUUUUUCCUGAUAGCUUAAAGGUUUAAUGACCCUAUGCAAAUUUUGGUGUCCCCUGUGAAGGUGCUUAGAUUGUCUACUCAUUGUGCUGUUGCUGCCUCUUUUUCCGCCUUACUUUUCAAAGUAAUAUGAAUAUAGGGGGUAGCUUUUCCA